AUGAGAGCUGCGAGUGCCGAUGCGCCGCCUUUCAACCCCUCCCAAACAUCCGCAAACUCGGGCGCAAGCAAGCGCACCACAUCCAAUGGCCAGCAGGUGGUUCUCGACUCGGACGAUGAUUCUCUACCCGACCUUGACUUUGGUCUACCCACCCCCAAAGUCAAGACCAUCGUCACGACCACCACCAAACGUUCUAAGCGCAUGUCCGAAGACCAAGAGAACGGUCUACAAAAGCCGGCCAAGAAGGCCAAGGAUAACAAGAGCAAGUUUGAUGUACUUGUAAAGGCGGCCCACAAAAAUCUCGAGACAGAGCGGCAGAUCAAGGAGCACAGUGCGCUUCUGGACCAGUCCCUUGAAGAACACGCAGAUACUACCCUGGCACUCAACGAGGAACUACUUGGCCAAGCUGUGGACGACGACGACGACCCAGAGAAAGCGCAUCGCCUCCUUCAGGCCAUGCAGAGAACAAAUGCUACACAGAUGGAGAGCGUCUACCAUUUCUUCCAAGAUGACUCGGACUCAAUACAAGCGCAGCCCAAGUUCCCCCUCAGCAGCCUGCCUAAGCAUGGAUGGGUCUCGAUUUUUAAAGACUCCCACGCCAGGGACCAGGCUUUCAUGACUGGCUUUGCACAACAAAUCUUUCGAAUGCAACAACUACCCGAAGAACUGGCUUCCUGGAUGAUUGAAUGUAUCUACCCAGUACCAGUCGAUGUAGAACUCUCAGACCCCAAGCUGCCUGACAUGAUUCACCAAUACCUGGACAAGUCUUCGAAUUUCCGAAUAGACAAGGACACCGACUACGAGCACCUCACCGCACGUUUGACAUUGCUUGACAUUGCCAUUGGGCCUGGCUUAUUGAACGUCCCGUAUCAGCCCCUAUCAAGUCCAACAACGUCAGAAACCGGCUCGUCUCCAGUCAGGGCUCCAGUGCCAGCGUCAUCAGAAGUCAAAGAUUUCAACAACGAGGUGGAUGCGCUUGCUCGGCAGUUCCAGCUACUCAGCAACUCCAUCGUCGAGGCUGGCGCUGCGGUGGAUCUUACCAUCAUGGACGCCAAAGAUUCUAUAGAGAGACUACGCGCACGACUAGAGCACGCUGUGCGGAUAGGCGGAAAGAAGGUCUACAACGUCUUUGGUGAUGAAGAUGAACACACAAAGCCAAAUCUCAGAAGGUUCUUUAAAAGCACGAGCAAAGACGCGCCGAAGAAGUCUAUCUUCGACGAACAGGACGAUGUAGCGGUAUCACUAGCCGAUGACUUGAAAGCCUGA